CAUCCUCCCGGCCAUACAGAAAACCUGCUGUACUCGGCUGGAGGGCUGAAAAACUUUAAAGAGCCGAGAAGCCUCUUUGGAGCUGAGAGUUGUUCGCUUGUAGCAGGCAGGGAGUCGAGAUGAAUUUCCUUCCAAGUUUAUCCCUCGAAACCUGGAUUUUACUCAUUGCCUUUGUGAGCCUCUUGAUGCUUUAUGGGAUCUGGCCAUACAGAUUCUUUAAGAAGCUGGGUAUUCCUGGGCCAAGGCCUCUGCCUUUCAUCGGAACAUUUCACGAAUACCGGAAUGGAAUUCUGGAUUUCGACAAGAAGUGUUUCCAGAAAUAUGGUAAAAUUUGGGGAUUUUUUGAUGGCAGGCAGCCAGUCCUGGCUAUUCUGGACCCUGUAAUCAUCAAAACCAUCCUGGUGAAAGAGUGCUAUACCCUCUUUACCAAUCGCCGGGUCUUUGGUCCAAGUGGAGAUUUGGAGUCUGCCCUUACGGUAGCUACUGAUGAGCAGUGGAAAAGGAUCCGCACUGUGCUCUCUCCAACGUUCACCAGCGGGAAGCUAAAGGAGAUGUUUCCUAUCAUGAAUCGCUAUGGAGAGAUUUUAGUGAAAAAUAUCCAGGAGAAAGUGGAUAACGAUGAGUCCCUGGAAAUGAAGAGCAUCUUCGGCACCUACAGUUUGGACGUGGUGGCCAGCACUUCAUUUAGUGUGAACAUCGACUCCAUGAACAACCCCAACGACCCCCUUGUCGCCUACAUCAAGAAGUAUCUCUCAUUCAAUUUCUUUAACCCACUGCUCCUGUUAGUAGUGAUGUUCCCCUUCCUGACACCAGUGCUGGAUAAGAUGAAUGUGAGUCUGUUUCCCUCGGGCUUCCUGGACUUUUUCCUCAACAUUAUCCAGAGCAUCAAGAAGGAGAGGCAGAAGAACGACCACUCGGUCCGGGUGGAUUUCCUGCAGCUGAUGGUUCACUCACAGAGUUCAGAUGGCAGCUCUGAAUCUAAUGAGAAGACACACUCCUAUAAAGCUCUGUCUGACAAGGAGAUUAUGGCGCAGGCCCUUGUCUUUAUCUUAGCUGGUUAUGAGACCACCAGCUUCACCCUCAACUUCCUCUCAUAUAACCUGGCCACUCACCCCGACGUGCAGCAGAGACUGCAGGAGGAGAUUGAUGCCGCUCUUCCCAACAAGGCUGCUCCCACCUAUGAUGCCAUCCUGCAGAUGGAGUAUCUCGACAUGGUAGUGAAUGAAACCCUCAGGCUCUUCCCCGUAGGUGGGCGGAUCGAAAGGGUCUGCAAGAAAACCAUUGAGAUAAACGGAGUGACCAUUCCGAAAGGCACCGUAACAAUGAUCCCAGCCUACGUGCUGCAUCAGGACUCGGAAUACUGGCCAGAGCCAGAAGAGUUCAGGCCUGAGAGGUUCAGUAAAGAGAACAGAGAGAGCAUGGACCCCUACAUUUUCCUGCCCUUUGGAGCUGGUCCCAGGAACUGCAUUGGAAUGAGGUUUGCCCUUCUCAGCCUGAAAGUGGCCAUGAUUGUGCUGUUGCAAAGGUUUUCCUUCAGAACCUGCAAAGACACCCCGAUCCCUCUGGUGAUGGACACAAAGGGUUUCUUGCAACCCAAGAAGCCAGUCAUUCUGAAGAUGGUCCCCAGAACCCAUGUCGAUCCAGAGGAGUAAAACAAUUUGCAACGGAUCAGAGGCUGCUGCCACCUGCUCCUUCCGCCUCAUUCGUCUCUCUAUCAAUCACAUGAGAAUAGGAAUGAGCCAUGUAAAACUGUACAGGGAAAGCAAAAGCAAUAUCUAGAAAAAGCCCCAGCUGUCAUGAAAGCAGGGCCUUGUGACUAUACAGCAUACCAAAUUUGAUGGGCCCUUCUGUCCAAUAGGAGAUUGUGCAUAGCUUUUCUACCAAAAAACCCCACACAAAGUACAGGCUGAGCAGAGUUCAAUUUUUAUAAAGCAAUAAUAGAGACCCAGGCCUGUUUCUCAUUGAUACCAAGACCCCUUUACGCUGUUCGGACAAUGUAAAGGGACCUUUAAGGGUAUGCACCCGCUUUCAGGCCCCCUUACACUGCCAGAGCAGGGUUUAGCAUAAAUGAGAAUCAGGCCUCGGGCACUGGGACAAAAACUGUGUCACCUCCCAUCUGGCUAGACUCAUCCGAAGUUGAGGUUGUUAUGACUCCAUAUAAAAAUCACAUGCCCCAGGGUAUUUUACACUGCCACAUGGGUAGACGUACCUGAGCUAGCUUUAAUGCUAUGGACACUACAGUGGCAUAGCUGCAGCGACACCACUGUAGCAUCAUAAUGUAGAUGCUUCUGACAUCAAUGGAAGGGGGUUUUCUGUAGGAAUGUAGGAGGUAAUCCACCUCCCUGAGAGGGAGUGCAGCUGAAGCCUGACAUAAGUAUUUAAUACAUGGGCAGGGGGGAGGCCUCAUUUUUUGGAAGACAGCAUUAGGAAGGUAAAUGAAUCAUCAGGCUGAAAACAGGACCUUUGUGCUAAAUACGAUAAGUAAAUAGGGUAGUAGGCUGAAAAGACAGAAUGUCAGAGCCAGCGAAGAGAAGAGGGAGAACACCCCGGGGACUAUUUACUAUGAACUAGAUAGCAAGGGACCAAAUAAGUUAGGAAUGUAGAGAUGAGGUAAGAGGAAGUCAAAACAAAGGCAGCAUGUGGACAGAUGCACACGGUCCAGGGGUUGGUCUCGGAGGGAGCUAGGUUGAUGAAGGAAUUCUUCCAUCUGCCAAGCCAGGUCUACGCUGGAGGUUAGGAUGGCUUAACCAUCGUGCUCAGGGGUGCUCGGGAAUUUUUCACACCCCUGAGCUCCAUAGCUAGGUCGAUCUACCUAUUAAGUGUAAACCAGGUGUCAGACGUCAAAGAGCCUGCUGGCCUCAAUGGCUAUGUCAUCUGUUGCUACAGUAGCACUGUCUCUGUCGCUGCAUCAGAGGUUUCUGCUUGUUUGAAAGACUCUUUGGUGUUGUUUCUGACCCUAGUCCAAAGUCACUGCCAGCCUUCUGGGCAAUCUGAUGCUUUAGAAGGAGAGGUCAGGAUGAUGCUGGGUCAGGUGGGUCUCUCUCUCUCUCUUAGUGCCGGUCAGAGUGGUGAGGUUUCCUUUCAUACAUUCCCCUUACUGAGGCUUUGCUUCUGCUUGGUUGCUUCACACCAGUGGAGCCACACAUUGCAACCCCCUCAGAGCAGAUGCUGUAGAGUGGGAUAAAACAGGGCUUGGAACUUUACUGGGAUAAGCUGCAUUGAUGCCAACCCCAUUUUGCAGAAGUGCAGUGUGCCCACACUAAGGGUUUGCCCCUAUGUAAAUACAUCAGUGCUAUACCGGUGCAAAUUACCCUAGUCUAGGUGAGCCCUGAGUACCCCUCGUAUCAUGACCAUCACCCUUUUUGCUGAGCACUGCCUUUGAGACACCAGCAGCACUGCUAGGUUCAGGUACUUUUAUGAAGCUUUUUGGAUAUUGGACCCUGCUCAGCAAUUUUAUUCAGACAUUGUCAGUUUCUUCUUGCACUUUAAUUGAAAUCAAAGUGUAGAGCAAAUUGCCCAUAUGUGACUGUUGCUGCCUAUUUUGUCCCCAUUCCUAUUUCUUGCCAAGUUGGCCCUAUCUGUUUUCUGGUUUUACAACCCCAGCUGGGUGGUGACAUCCAGGGCUAUUUUCCUGGAUCAUGUGAUGCUGCAGCAUUAUGGCUCUGUCAGGUGUUAAAGUGACCAUACCCUUGCAGGCAGUGAUGCAUGUGACAAAUUUCUAGAGCUGACUUAGCUAGAUUCUCGUAUGUUUUUGGGUGGCUGUUAUUACUAAAGAUUUGUAACAUGCCUCAGCUUGCAGAUGAGUUAACCUGAGCAGCCUAGGUAUAAGCAGUUACCAUUUAUGAGCAGUGGUUUGCAGAGUGGGAGUGAAGCAUAUUAUGUGUUCUUUCUGUUUGUUUGCUUAUUGUAUCCAGUGGUCUCCUGUGUAAUAUCUUUACACAGAUAUUAGCCCAGUUAUGAUUUUUUAACUUUGUUCUCUAUGAUUCCAUUUUAUAACUUUGAUUUGAAUUGUAGGAAUACGGCAAGGUGCAGCGCUGGGAAAGACAUGGGUUUGGAAGAAGGAUGUCUCUCUCUGUUGGAUACUGAGAGCAGAGAAGGCUCACUGGACCUUGUCAUUCUUAGAUUCCAAAUGAGCAUAAUGCUGAAUGCUCUGUAUAAUAUGUGGUGUGAUUUCAUAUUUACUAAUCCAAAAAGUACUAAUAGAAGGAUAAUUAAAAUAAAAAACAUAAUUCCUUAUCAUUUGCA